GGACAGAAAAUUCCUUUCACCGCUUAAAAUGGCGUCGGUGGCACCAAACAUAAGCUAGAUAGAAACGUGACUACAUAAUACAUUGGUAAAAUUUGUUAAGCCCGUUGAGUUUGCUAAUGAGCGUGAUUCUUGACGAGGACGGCACGCCCUCGGUAGAGUCCUAGUCAACGUAGGAGGGAGAGAAAAAAAAGUGAAAAAACAUGGUCGAUCGUCGUCAUCAUCACGCAUCAUCGGCAUCUUCAUACAGCAUUGGGAAAGUUCGUUCAUCCGUCUUUUUGAGGUAAGCAGUAAGAACAAGCCGUGGAUUUAGAGCUUUAGAGCAUAGCAGAGAGAGAGAAAGAGAUGGGUCUGCUCACUCACAGAGUGGAGAGAAGUCAGAUCAAGCCCGGCGACCACAUCUACACUUACAGAGCUAUCUUCACCUACUCCCACCAUGGUAUUUUUGUUGGGGGAAGCAAGGUGGUUCACUUUAGACCUGAGAGGAAUUUGAAUCCAGGGGUUGGGACAUCUAAUGAUUCUGACUUGUAUGAUUCGAGAUUGAGCCUCCCCUCAUCUUGUUCUACCUUUCCCGACUGUGGAUUCGGGCAACCAAACAGUGGUGUAGUCCUCUCUUGUCUGGAUUGUUUCCUUGGAAAGGGAUCUCUCUAUUGUUUUGAUUAUGGGGUAGCCCCAUCUGUAUUCCUUGCUAAGUUGCGGGGUGGCACAUGCACCACUGCAGCAUCUGACCCACCGGAAACAGUUAUCCAUCGAGCUAUGUAUCUCCUUCAAAAUGGAUUUGGAAAUUAUGAUGUGUUUCAAAACAACUGCGAGGACUUUGCACUCUAUUGCAAAACUGGUCUUCUGAUAAUGGACAAACGAGGGGUUGGAGGAAGUGGUCAAGCUUCUUCUGUCAUUGGUGCCCCAUUGGCCGCCAUUCUUUCUUCGCCUCUGAAGUUGCUAAUGCCAAGUCCCGUUGGUGUGGCUACAGUGACCGCUGGAAUGUACUGUAUGAGUAGAUAUGCGACUGAUAUUGGGGUUCGAACUGAUGUGAUCAAGGUGGCAGUGGAGGACUUGGCUGUAAACCUGGGUUGGGCACAUCCUGAAGAUGUAGCUGAUGACAAUGGGGCUAACCGGCUGAUUGCCGGAUAGUAGAAAAUUUCAACCUUGUUCAUGUGACACUUUAGCAUAUAUAGAUGAUUUAUGGUUGGGGUUGAUUAGCAUUUGUUGACACUGAUAAGUAAAACUUCUGAUAUGGUUGUUAUCUUUCACACUGCACCACCCCAGUUCCCCACCCUCCCAUGCUCUUUCCCUCAAACAUUUCGGUAAUAAUACAGUGCUUUCUGGUCU